UUCAGAGAAGAGAACAGGCAGCUGGUUCCUGAUGACUCUAUUUGGUUGAUCAUUAGCAAUGUUCACGUCUAAGGUUGUCCCACGACUCCCCCUAUUACGUACAGCCACAUGUGCAUUUCAGACCCAUGUAGAAAAUCUGAACAGGAGUGUGCAAUCAGUGCUUCCCGCCUCCUGCUGUUCAUUAAAGCAGAAACCAAGAACAUACUCGACAGCAGCAGACAGCGCAUUCUCUUCUCGAUGGGUCCACCUUGAGCCAGACCUGGACGAGGCUCUUGUGCCUCGUAAACUGUCACUCAGUCCCCUGGAGACCUGGCUGUCCCUGCGCUACUCACUGCCUCCUCUGCCAGAGGCUACUCAGCCUCAGCUGGAAGUGCAGCUCCUGGAGGAGAAGAUGCUGCCCCCGCUUUCUGCUCCCGCUUUGGUGGAGGAGGAUGGCACAGCCACGCCUCUUUCAUGUAAGAAUGUUCUGAAGAUCCGGCGGCGGAAAAUGAACCGGCACAGAUACAAGAAGCUGCGAAAGCGGACGAAAUUCCUGAGGAAGAGAGUGGAGGAGGGCAGGGGGAGAAGGAAGCAGAAGCUAUUUGAAGCUGAUCUGAAGAGAAUCUGGAAGCGAGCCGGACUGAAGAACCCACCUGAGGGCUGGAUCACACCAAACCUCUAUAUUAAAAAUUAUAAAUCUAAAUCAGACUGAUAAACGGUAACAGCGCUGCCUCGGCUAUGUCGCCUUCUUGGUAAUGAUCAGUUUUGGGCUGUAUGAUGUAUUUUACACACUGCAGUUAAAACACCUGCUGCUGUCUGUGCUUCAGGAUGUGAAGCUUAACUGAAACCUGUUUCAGUGAAGGAAAAACAUUCUCUCUCUGUACAUUUUUCUUGAAUUCCAUUAUCCAAUAAAGAGCUGUGUCAAAGUCAA